AUGAAAAAUGUCGUGCCAAGUUUUGGCAGUGCAACAGCAGAACUUCCAUCAUGGGCGAUUCCAAAGUACGACAUUCGCGAGAACACAGUGCUUCACAUCGGUCUCGUCGUUCACGAAGCCGUUCACGCAGUCGCUCUCCUGCACGCUCCAGGCACCAUUCACGAUCGCACGCAAGUGACAAAAGCAGCCGACGCCAUCACCGUGAUGUAUCGGAAAGCCCUAGUCGCCGACGGCCGCUCACGAUCGCGAUCACCGGCCGAUCGCCAUCACAGUAAAAGGCGGUCAUCACGACGCAGUGCAAGUGUGAGUUCCUAUGAAAGUUCAGAUGAAAGCAGCAGCUCAUCAGAAUCCGAAGACGAAAAAGAGCAGAGACAUAAGUCAAAGAAGCAUAAAAGCAAGAAACAUAAGAAGAGUCGUAAACACAAGCAUGACAGCGCCGAAAGACGAAGCGCCAUCACCGGGAAAAAGAUCAAAUUGAAGAUUCGCAAAACAUCCGACGACAAGGAAAGAGACCAGAAUAGGUCCAAUUUAUUACAGUUCCUCAAUUCCGCCUUUUAA